AUGGAAUCGGCGAGAUGGGCCGCCGACGCUCUCAACCAGUCGGCGACCAAGGCCAACCCCGGGCGGCGCUCGCCGCGCGAGAUGUUCACCGGCGAGCAGGGGCCUUUCCGCGUGCUGCCGUUCUUCCAGCCCGGCUUCAUGCGUGAGGAUCGCCGCACCAAGAUCGACGACCAGGCCACCCUCUGCUACUACCUGAACGGCGGCGACAACCACCCGAGCGGCACCGUCAAGGUCCUCAAGGCGUCCACCGGCCGCGUCGUCUACACCAACAACGUGUCGUGGGUGACGUCGGCGCCAGCCGGCGAGGGGGGUUCCACUGGUAUCACCGCUGCGUCGACACCCCCCCUGUUCACGCCGCCGGUCGUCUCGAUCAACUUUGGCCCAGCACCAACGCCUGCGACCGCAGCACUGCCGGCGCCAGCGCCCACGCUGUCACCCGCUCCCGCUCUCGCUGCCGCUUCGCCCCCUGCCGCAACGCCGCCGCCAGCGACCACGCCGCCGCCCGCUCCAACGCCUUCACAACCGCUCUCUCCCACUUCGCCGUCAUCGUCGGCAACCCCCCCUCCUGGCCAGCCGUCCUCUGCCUCUUCGCUGUCACCGUCGGCGACCCCAGAUCCAGACCAACCGCCGCCGCCGCCGCCGGACCCCGCGAUGCCCCCGCUUACGGCUCACGCCAUGCGGCAGCUUCGCCCGGGUACAAAGGCCGAGGGUAUGACAGACCCGCGGCUGCCAAGCCGUACGAGAUCGGGCACAAGGCACAGCACAGGACUCAUCUCGAUGCUAGACAAGAAUACUCUGGUGUCGAUGCUGGAGGCUCGGGGCGCGGUGGACGAGGAGCGCAGGGAGCUGGGGGGGGCGGAGGCCGGAGAGCCGGGGGGAGCGGUAACCGGAGGGCAGGCGGGAGCACUCGCAGCUGUGGACCCGGGGGCUGGAGGAGCGGGCUUUCCACUCGCAUUUGCCACGCUCCUCGCCAACCGGGAAGACAUCGACGCCACGCUGCGAGACCAGCGCCCGCCGGAGCAACGCCCUGACCUUCCGCAUUGCCAGGCCAGCGACCUUCGUGUCCCCAAAAGCUACAAAGAGGCCAUGGCGUCGGAGCACCGGCACCUUUGGAGCGACUCUAUGCAAAGGGAGUUUUAUGGCUUGUUGGAAGCGGGGACUUUUACUCCGGCGAAGAUGUUGGCUGCUUUGGCGUGCGAGUUGAACCUCGACUUGUGUCAUUUCGAUAUUGAGCAAGCUUUUGUGCGUUCGGAGUUGGAGGAAGACGUGUACAUGCGUUUGCCGCAGGGAUGUGGAGCUCUAUCUGGAAUGAUUGUAAAACUAGGCAAGAGUCUGUAUGGCUUGAGACAGGCAUCUAGGCAGUGGCAUGCAAUGCUGAAGAGGUUUUUGGUGGCGUUAGGUUUUGAGCAGUGCAUGGCCGAUGCUUGCGUGUUUCGUUUGAUUGAGGAUGGAUGUGUUGUGUUGAUUUUGGUAGUACAUGUACAUGACAUUUUUGCUGUGGGAGAGAGGGAGAGAUGUGACAAGUUUGGCGCCGACCUUAACAAGUCCGUGUCAGUGAAGAACCUGGGAGAGUUGAGAUGGUAUUCUGGGUGCUUUUCCGAGAGGAACAAGGAGGCCGGCAGGUUGACGAUUUCUCAGCAGACUUUCACGGAUGAGCUAUCAGCAGAAUAUGGAGUAGUGGGAGGUGAGAGCGUUCCGAUGUCUUCGGGGGUGAAGCUUUCUGAUUUUGAUGCGGAUGAGGUGGCGACAGACUUUCCGUUUCGUGAGCUGGUAGGAUCGUUGAUGUGGCUGGCGACUCAGACUAGACCAGACAUUGCGAAUGCAGUAAGGGCAGUAGCUAGGUAUUGCGCAUCUCCGAAGCUGGUACACUGGAAUGCAGCGAUGGAUAUUUUAGGCUAUGCGAGGAGGACGAGUCACUUUGGUAUUUCGUUUCAGAGAGGUACGGUAGAGGGAUUCAGCUUGCAGGGAUACGCUGAUGCGGACUUUGCAAGCAAGGCAGCAGACCGUAGGUCGGUAUCAGGGGGGAUCGUCACGUGUGGAGGAGGCGCUGUGUCUCGGUUUUCCAGAACGCAGAAGUGUGUCACGCUUUCGACCACCGAAGCAGAGUACGUCGUCCUAGGUGACGUAGUGAAGGAGAUUCUGUUUUUGAGGCAGAUUUGGCGUUUCAUGUUGCCGCAGGUCGGCAUGCCGUGCAUCCCCAUCUUUGAGGACAACCAGGGGGCGAUUCAACUAGCGCAGAACCUCAUCUCAAACUCGAACUCGAAGCACAUAGAUGUAAGGCACCAUUUUCUCAGGGAACUGGUAGAGAGGAAGAAAAUUUCGGUCAUGCACGUGCCGUCGCCGUAUCAGCGUGCAGACUUUCUUACGAAGAGUUUGUCGAAGGAUGCUUUCGAGUCUCACCGUGAUUUUGUGAUGAAUUUGGCAUGAACAUUUUAUUGUUUUUCUGAUGGGUUGUGUUUUGGUCUUGUUCUGUUUCCCGUUUUGUUUCAUUUCCCGCGCCAAGUACUUGUUAAGCGCGAUGCAGCAUUCAUAUUUAAUUGAAUUUUUUUUCUCUUAUAUUAUUCUGGUCAAGUCUUCAUGGUAUAUAUUCUGGGAAAAACGUCUUUUGGUUGAGAUAUCGGGUGUUAGCGAAGUUUUCAUUGAGAAACUGUUGCGAGCAGGGGGAAUGUUAGAUAUACUCGCAGCAGUAUCUGGUCGUGAGGAUCUCAGGGGGACACGUGUUGGGAAUUUCGUGUGUUGAAGGGUACCACAGGCGCAGUCACGGGGACCCUUUGGGCGUGGUCGGUGCGAUGAUGAGGAAGGCUUGCGUGCGUGCUGCGCACUUCUUCUACUUCUUCU